UUGUCCCAUCAUCUUUGUCAUUCAUCUCACGACGAGAAGAAGAAGUGGGAAUCCUCGUCCUCACGGAAACCACCAUACAUACAUUUCCACUCUUUCAAGCUUCCAUCAACCUUUCCCAGAUUCUGCUUCGUCGCCACACCACCAGUUUCCGUCGCAAAAACAAAUCUUUCAAACCAGUGGUGUGCACUGCCCCAUCACCAUUUUUUCACCCAAUUUGCAGCACCCACUUGAAAAUAUUCUCUUUUCUUCAAUGGGUUGUGGGUCUUCCCUACCAGAUAGGGAUUCUAGGCCGUUUGGACGAGACAAUCCUGAGAAUGGUGGAGGACAGGACGCGAAGAAUCUACGCGUCAAGCUUGUUCUCUUAGGUGAUUCCGGUGUUGGUAAAAGCUGUAUUGUUCUGCGAUUUGUUCGUGGUCAGUUUGAUCCAACAUCCAAGGUAACUGUUGGAGCUUCUUUUUUGUCGCAAACAAUAGCCCUGCAAGACUCUACAACAGUCAAGUUUGAAAUAUGGGAUACUGCUGGUCAAGAGAGGUAUGCUGCUUUGGCACCACUCUAUUAUCGUGGUGCAGCUGUUGCAGUUAUUGUCUAUGAUAUAACAAGCCCAGAAUCUUUCAGCAAAGCGCAGUACUGGGUUAAGGAGCUACAAAAACAUGGAAACCCUGAUAUAGUAAUGGCACUGGUUGGUAAUAAAGCUGAUCUUCUUGAGAAGCGGGAAGUGGCUGUUCAGGAUGGCAUUGACUAUGCAGAGAAGAAUGGAAUGUUUUUUAUAGAGACAUCUGCAAAGACUGCAGAUAAUAUAAAUGAACUGUUUGAGGACAUUGUUGACUGUGCUACUAGCAAACUUCCCCCUGAUGUUCUUGCUGCUUGACGAUAGUUGUAGCGAACUCAUAUAGACCUAUUGGAGGAGCUAAAGAUGAUCAUCUUGGGUUAGGAAUCCAUCCUACAAAAAUCCAAGAUUGAAUCUUUUUCGACAAAGGAAAUUGCGAAAAGACUCCCUCGCCCACCAACUACUUGAUGCAGAUCCAGAAUGCAGUUUCAGUAAAGGAUUGCAUUUGCUUUGGAUCCUUCAAAACUGUAAUGUAUGAGUUAUGUUUAUGUAUAUUCUGACUAUUAGAUAACUAUGGUCUUUUAUCAACCUGUAAUAAUAUCAUGGAGACAAUGAUAUACCUUAGGUUAUGCUUUGUCAGACCCACAAAUCUGUCAAGAUUCCAUAUCCUCGGGUCUUUUAUGCAUUGUUUCUGAUUCAGUCAAGGCUGUAAUGUCAUCAAGGAUGCCAUGUCUGACACACAAUGCUUUAGGUGGUUGUAGACCAUGCUUUGUGAGACCCACAAAUCAUGGCAUAAUUGAACAUAUUUGGAUAUUGGUUGGUUAAAUUUCAAUUUGCGUGCUCAUUUUGAGAUCA